CUCUGAAGUACUAUUUCCAACUCUGCUAGGUGGAAGAAAUUCCCUUCUACUUUUCUUUUUUCUCCAAAAAAAAUCUUCAUCCCUCGAAAAAUGGCUAACAUCCCAGAUGCUGCACUGGGAUUCAUCCUACAAAACCUGAAAGAAUCGGUUCAAUACAAUGCUGAAUUAAUAGGUGGAGUGAAGGACAAUGUUAAGGAGCUCUGUGAAGAUCUUGAAACGUUGAGAGCCUUCAUCAGGGAGUACACAGAUAAGUACAGUGACAAUGAGAUCCUUGAAAAGUUAGCCAGUAAAAUCAGGGGUGUGGUUUAUCGAGCUGAGGAUGCAAUUGAAACAUACAUCUCUUGUGCUUCAGUGCAGAAAUUGAGAAGGGCGAUCAGCAAAGCUGCCCAUUUUGUUGAUUAUAUUUCAGACCUUCGAGCUGUGGGGAAAGAGAUUGAGAAGGUCAGCAAAGAUGUGCAGGAGAUUUACCAAAACAGGGCAGCACUUGGAUUUGCUGCUAUGCAAAUUGAGGAGAUAUCCAACAGACGUCAAAAGAAGAAAAAGACUCCAGUGGUUGAGGAAGAUAAUGUGGUUGGUUUUGAUGACGCGGCUAAAGAAGUAAUUGAGCUUCUUACAGGAGAAUCAGAUGAUCAAUCGGAUCAACUAGAAGUAAUCUCAAUCAUUGGAAUGCUUGGCCUUGGGAAGACGACACUAGCCAAAAAAGUUUUAAAUGACCCUAAAAUUGAGUAUGAAUUCUAUACUCGUGCAUUUGUGAAUGUGUCUCAAGAAUAUGAAAGGAAGGAAAUGUUCCUCAAAAUUUUGGGUCAGUUUACUCAAAUUACUGAUCAAAUGAAUAAGAUGUCCGAUGAACAGUUGUGUAAAGAACUCCAUGAUCAAUUGAAGACUCGAAAGUAUCUGAUUGUGAUGGAUGAUGUGUGGACCAAUGAAGCAUGGGAUCAGCUCAAGGGUGCUUUCCCCAACAAUAAUAAACGGAGUAGAGUUCUAAUAACAAGCCGACACAAACCUGUAGCUGUUCAUGCUAAUCAAAGUAUUGAUCCUUAUUUUUUGCGGUUUCUGUACCCAGAAGAGAGUCGAGAGUUAUUGCGAAGAAAGGUUUUUGGAAACAAUUGUUGCCCCUCAGAGUUGGAGGCUUAUGAACUGCGCAUUUUGCAGAAGUGUGAUGGACUACCGUUAGCUAUAGUGGUAGUUGCAGGUAUACUUGUGAAUCAUCGAGAUAGAACAGAUUGGUGGAAGAAAGUAGCUGAAGAUGUGAAUGAUUAUGUUGCAAGAAAACAAGAGCAGAGUUAUGAUGUGAUCAAGCUAAGUUACAAUCACAUGCCAUAUUAUUUGAAGCCAUGUUUUCUCUACCUUGGAGUCUUCCGUGAAGAUUUUGAGAUCCCGGUGUGGAAGUUGGUUCGGCUGUGGAUCGCUGAAGGAUUUAUUCCACGGGAUGGGUGUAUGAGUCUGGAGGAUAUAGCGGAGGAUUAUUUGGAGGAAUUGGUGGACAGAAAUUUAGUAAUGGUGGGGCACAGGAGGUUGACUGGUCAAAUAAAAACAUGUCGAAUUCAUGAUACUUUGCGUGACUUCUGCAAGAAGGAAGCCACGAAAGAAAAUCUUUUCCAAGAAAUAAAAAGGUUUGAUCAAGCCCCUUCUUUUUCUGCUGACCGUUCUUCUGAUGGUUUUCGUCGCUUGUGUGUGAAUGCAUUUGUUGCUGAUUAUAUUAAAUCAAAACCAUCUGGUGAAUUUGUCCGAUCAUUUCUGAGCUUUGCCAAGGAUGAAACCACUUUGCAACCCGAACAUGUCUCAUUGAUCCCUAAAGCCUUCAAACUUCUUAGAGUUUUAGAUGCUAGAUCACUUAUUUUAACCCGUUUUCCCACUGACUUGCUUUACCUGGUUCUUUUGAAAUACAUUGCUGUCUCUUGCAACUUCAAAAUCCUUCCUGAGAAACUGUCAAAUCUCUGGAACUUACAGACUCUCAUAGUAGAAACAUCAUCUCGUACCCUUGAAAUUAAAGCAGACAUAUGGAAGCUUCCACAACUAAGACAUGUACACACUAAUGCUUCCACAAGUCUGGUAGAAUCUAAGAAAGAGCUCAUUAUUAAUGCACACUUGAAAACCCUUUCUACAAUUUCACCAGAAAGUUGCAGAGCAGAACUGUUUGUUAGGGCUCCCAAACUCAAGAAGUUGGGUGUAUGUGGAAAACUAGUUAAUGUCAUACAGCCCACUGGUCAGUCUAGCUUGUUUGCCAACCUCUUCAAAUUGGAAGACCUUGAAAAUUUGAAGCUGUUGAAUGAUGAUAUUACUUUUAAGUUACAUGCUCUUCCUCAAGAAAACAUGUUUCCUAGGAAGCUAACCAGGUUGACUUUACUAAAUACCUUGCUCGAUUGGAAGCACAUGUCCACAUUGGGAAAGCUGGAGAAGCUUGAGGUGCUGAAGUUGAAAGAUAAUGCAUUUCAAGGAGAGCUGUGGCGAACAGAAGGUGGUGGUUUUCGUAAUCUUAAGGUUUUGCACAUUGGCAGUACAAAUUUAGUGAUGUGGAAAGCUUUGGCUAGUCAUUUUCCCAUACUAAGAAGCCUGUUCCUCAGGCAUUGCACUAAGCUUGAGGCUGUCCCAUCUGGUCUUGGAGAUAUAGCUACCCUCCAAGAAAUUGACCUCUACUGUACCAACUCUAUGGUCGCUAAAUCUGCAAGAAACAUUCAAGUUUUGAAAUUGAAGGUUCAAGCAAAUGAUAAGAACAAAAGAGGAGCUGCAUUUAAACUCUCAGUUUAUCCUCCAGAUCAGUGAUUCCAACACAAAUAAGCUCAUAAUUGCUGCCUUAACAGAAUGUUUAACUUCUGUAAGAGGAAGGCCGUGGAUCUACAUUGCUGGUUGAAACAUUGGGAAGCAGGACAGUUGAGUAGAAAUUGUCUCAACUAGAUCGUCUGGGACUAAGUUUUCAGCUGGAGAACUGAACUUCUGUAUUGGGAUUUUCUACUUGUCUCUUUCAUGAGAGCCCAGGAUUGUACUUCUUUUUUAUUCUGGUACUCUUUCGGCAAAUUUAACUAGCCUUUGUCUUGUAUCUCCUCAAUUUUUAAAAAUUAAGUCUUCUUUUAUUCUCUCCCUGUA